CGCUCUCUCGACGUGUCUCUCACUCUUCCAGCGGCAGUUCAACGCCGGUCGCGUUGCCAGCAUGUUCAAAUCCCUCGUCUGGCUUGUAUUAUCAAUAUUUUCACCGUUGAAAUAAUGAGAAGAAAAAAAAACAACCGACAAAUCGCUAAACACCUACACCGUUAAAUUUCACGUUACUCAUUAUUAUUUUUUAAACCAUUUGGGGAGUGACUGCUGUAAUAAUUGUAUCCAUGAUUUCAUUGGUACUUUCAGUUUUUCUGAAUGAAUCUGGGGGCCUGUUGUGUAGUAACGCCAGAUGUAUGAACAUAACCUACAAGGGGCAAAGAACAGACCUGUUCUGUUGUGAGUGUUAUUGUUGACUUUGUUUUUCUUUACGAGAUUGUGUAUUUUUGGAGCGCUUCAUUCAUCACUCGUGGGGUUUUUUAAAACUCCAGUGCUCUGGAAUGUGAAUGAUAACGAAUGGAGAGGUUGUCCGGGUAAAUAAACUACUGGGAUGUCUUAUGGAACGCGGCAGCUACCACCAAAUCACCGGUAAAAUCACUGUUCCACACUGAUGAUAAGAGAACAAAUAGAAUAAACCGAGGAAGAUCUGGCAGUUCAUCGAUUCUAAUUGACAGGUCACGAAAUGGUGGUGGGGUGAUAGAAAGAAAAAUAACGUGGAGAGAGUGGUGUGAGGCGUUUAAAUUUACGAUUGCACCAGCAUUAAGUACCAAGGGAAAUGCCCAAGAGUCAUGGAUGUUCUCGAGACACGGUAGAGCACUACCAGCCCCCCUCGUACACCAUAAAGGAUUGCCUUGUAUUAUCUCCCGAUACCGUGUGAUACUGUGAUUACCCGAGUCACUAGUCCCGUCUCAACUAACAUAUCAAUAAACAACACCGAUUACCUUUCUAAAUUCCUUUCUCCUAGUUAAACCCUCAAUUUUUCAACUCAAUCCCAUCCCCCACUUCAAAAAUAUUGAUGAACAUCAACCUGACGUGAAGAUUUACGAUAAUGUAGACACGAGGAAUAAUAAUAGCGAUAUAAAAAAAGAAAAUAGCGAGGAGCUAAGCUCAUACUGUAAAUAGUACUCACCGACCAGAUGGGUUGAGAGGCAGCUGGAGACGUACUUAUUCGUUGAAGAUCUACAAAAAAUGGCGCUUCUGACACGAGCACAGCUAUUUGAAGGUCUUGAUACAGCAUCCCUCGAGGUUGAAAAUUGCUGGAACAAAUACAAAUAUAGUAAUGAGUAUUCAAUUGAUAAAUCAGAGAGAGUUAAUAAAGACGAGUGCAAUUAAUAGUUCAACUAUUUUUCUAUUUUCGUAAUUGACGAGUGAUUAGUGACAAAUUUUUCAUGGCAUUAUUUUCACACUUGAACUGUUGAAUGACUAUUUGCCUGUUUAUUUAUUUUAUUGGAGACGAAAAAAAAAAGUGGAAACGAGAGAAGAGGAGAAAAGGGAGAAAAGGGAGAAGAGGGGAAAUGGAUCUGGAUGGCGAGGUUGGAUCGUCCACGAGCGAUCCAAGAGGUCCAUGUUACGCCUCGUUGGAGUCAUUGAUGCCCCAGUGCACCAACACCAGUGAAAAUCAGUGAGGCGAACUGGGUUGGUACCUGACAGACUUACGACAAGAGGAAUCAGAGUCAAGGGGGAAAGCGAGUUGGAAACGACGAAUCUUUUGCACGAGUAAAUUGUACACUGCCGGAAGUCAAUUUGACGGUGGACUGGGGGGACAGAGAUAGUGGAGUUGAAACGAGUCAGGAUGAAGAUUUCCGGGGUAGAGGCUAGUGUACCUCUUCUAGGUGCUGUUGCACCGCGUUGUGUCGUCAAACAGGCAACCGUCAAGCGUUGCGUUGCUGCACUCCUCCUCAUCUCGGUUGCCAGUAUUUUUUAUUACACACACUACGUCAUCAGCAGCCCAUUAUCCAGCCUCAUUCACCGUGACACCAGACCAGAGCCAUCGAUAAGGUGUUCAACCCUGAGGGGAGCAACCAGACUGCCAGCAGCACCGGAUCAUCGGAGCGAAGCCAGACUCAGAAUCGAUCCCAAAGUUUUGGUUUUCGUUGAGACACUUUAUUCAAGAGUUGGACGAGAAAUAGCUGAACUACUUGUUUAUAACAGAAUCAAAUACAAAGUGGAAGUGACUGGAAAAUCAUUACCAGUCCUGACGAAUCUCGACAAAGGAAGAUAUGGAGUACUUGUCUUUGAAAACAUCAACAAGUAUUUGCAGAUGGACAAGUGGAAUCGAGAAUUACUCGACAAAUACUGUCGUGAAUACUCGGUUGGAAUAGUGGGAUUUGCUCCACCGGGUGAAGAAAGUCUCGUGGGUGCACAACUCAAGGGUUUCCCAUUAUUCAUUCACACGAAUUUAAGACUGAAGGAUGCACAGCUGAACGCUGCCUCACCCAUCCUGAGGUUGACCAGAUCCGGGGAGACAGCCUGGGGCCCUUUGCCUGGAGGCGACUGGACCAUUUUUCAACCAAACCACAGCACGUAUGAACCACUUGCAUGGGCAUACCGAGACAGUCUGGACUACACUAGCCAAAAGACACCACUUGCCACUGUCAUCCAGGAUCAUGGGAGAUACGAUGGAAUCCAGAGGGUUCUCUUCGGUGGAGGUUUACGAUUUUGGCUGCAUAAAUUAUUACUUCUGGACUCAUUAUCCUACUUGUCGCACGGUCAGUUGAGUCUGAGUCUCAAUCGAAUGAUUUUGGUUGAUGUCGACGAUAUAUUCGUCGGUGAAAAAAGUACAAGACUAAAAAAAGACGAUGUACUGGCACUUCUGGCGACCCAGCAGAGAAUACAAACACUCGUACCGGGUUUUAAAUUCAAUUUGGGGUUUUCCGGCAAGUAUUUUCAUCACGGAACAGCGGAGGAGAAUCUGGGGGACGAUAUGCUACUGGAGAACGUAGACAGAUUUACGUGGUUUUCCCAUAUGUGGAACCAUCAGCAGCCCCAUCUUUACGAGAAUGUAACACACCUACAAGCCGACAUGGCACUUAACAAGCUAUUUGCUAAAGAACACGGAAUUCCCACAGUUAGUGGUUACAGUGUAAGUCCUCAUCAUUCUGGAGUUUAUCCAGUCCACGAGGGCCUGUACGAGGCAUGGAAGAGAGUUUGGAACAUCAAAGUGACGAGUACAGAGGAAUAUCCACACCUGAGGCCUGCCAGACUCAGGCGUGGCUUCGUUCAUCGUAAUAUUAUGGUACUGCCUCGACAGACUUGUGGUCUUUUUACCCACACUAUUUUCAUCGAGAGAUAUCCAGGUGGACGUGAUAAAUUAGACGAGUCUAUCCAAGGGGGUGAAUUAUUUCAAACAAUAGUCUAUAAUCCCAUUAAUAUUUUCAUGACGCACAUGUCCAAUUACGGUAAUGAUCGUCUUGCGCUGUAUACAUUCGAAUCGGUCAUUAAAUUCAUUCAAUGCUGGACAAAUUUACGACUCUCGAGUGCUCCACCACUCCAGUUAGGUGAACGAUAUUUCCAACUGUAUCCAGAGGAGGCUGAUCCAGUUUGGGGUAAUCCCUGCGACGAUCAAAGACACCAGAAAAUUUGGUCUCGCAAUAAAACGUGCGAUCAAUUACCAAGAUUUCUCGUGAUUGGACCCCAAAAAACUGGUACAACAGCUCUGUACACUUUUCUAUCAAUUCAUCCAGCAAUUAGCAGUAAUUUACCGAGUCCUGAUACCUUUGAGGAGAUUCAAUUUUUCAAUGGAAAGAAUUACUACAAGGGGCUAGACUGGUACAUGGGAUUCUUUCCAGCAUCGAAAAACGAGAGUUCGCGUUAUUUAUUUGAGAAAUCAGCGACAUAUUUUGACGGUGAGCUCGUACCAAGACGAGCCCACGCCCUCCUACCAAAAGCAAAAUUGAUAACAAUCCUAUUAUCACCAGCGAGACGUGCAUACUCAUGGUACCAACACACGAGAGUGCACGGUGAUGCUGUAGCAAAUAAUUACAGCUUUCACGCAGUCAUAACAGCGAGCGAUACAGCUCCAAAGCCAUUAAGGGAUCUACGAAAUAGGUGUCUAAAUCCGGGUAAAUAUGCCCAGCAUCUAGAAAGGUGGCUGUCUUAUUAUUCACCCCAGCAAUUGCACAUCAUCGAUGGUGAACAGCUACGGCAGAAUCCAAUAGAGACACUUCACGAGCUCCAGAGAUUUCUCAAAAUAACACCAGCAUUUAAUUACUCAACUCAUCUGAGGUACGACCCGAAGAAGGGAUUUUUCUGUCAAGUAACUAAUGAGGAUCGUACUAAGUGCCUGGGUAAGAGCAAAGGGCGUCAGUAUCCACCAAUGGAGGACAGAUCGAACAAAUUAUUGCAGAGAUACUAUCUAUCUCACAAUACAGCACUUGUAAAAUUACUGAAGAGAUUGGGAUCUAGAACGAUACCCCAGUGGUUGAAGGAUGAUCUAACAGACACUGUGAUGACCUAGCAAACGCCAAUUGGAUGAUUCAAAUUUAUCCUAUCGCUGUCAACAAUAUCAGAGUCAUGGAGAUUGGCCUGGCGGUGACGACACACUGGCUGUUGUUGAUUUAAUCAUUUAUUGACAUUCCACUGGGCUUAUUGAUACUCCUGGACUUUUGUUUAGGGACCACAGGGCCUAUCCAGUGGAUCAGGAGAGCCUAAUGGCUUUCAUCGAGCCAUAAUAAUGUUUAACAAAGAAGCUAGUCAGCGAAAUUUGACUCGAGCACUCAGAGAAAUUAUUACUAUUCACAAAGAACUGCUUGAUACCGGGGAAUAUUCUCUUGUCUGGAGUAAAUUCUCCUCGUCAAUGGUAAUUUUUCCUCUCAGUGAGGGAAUUUUAUGAUUCAAGAGACUGCAUUAUCUCAGAUUCAUCAAAAAAAAUUCCCCUCGAAUGUCAAUUUUUUGUCUAUUUUUUUUAAGAAAUACGUUAUUAAAACGAGAAUAUUAAUGUUAUCACGAUGGAAUUACGUAUUGAAAUUCGUAAUAUUGUCAAUGAUCUAGAAAAAUGAAAAUGGGCUCGCAUUUACUGGUUUAUUGGACCAAAGGAGUCGAUAAAAUUAGUAAAUUUUUCAACUCAAACUUUUAUCGUGAUCAGAUCUGUCCAGAGACGAGACAAUGAUGAAUUUAUGGAGAUGUUUUAUCAUGAAAAUGUUUGCAAACGAUAACGAAAAAGAAGUUACUCGGAACCUGACAAGUUGAUACGACAAAAAUAAAUUAUUAGUAUUGGGUAAAUAGGAUAAUAAAUCCCGUGUAUAUUUUGACAAUAUUCGAGUGAGUUUGCGUCCAUAAUUGUACAUUAACAGACGCGUAUUUUGAUGUCAACCGAAUGUAAAAUGUAAUUUUUUAGUUUAACACCGAGAGGAGAAUUAUCGAAAUUAAUGUUGCAUUUUUUUAAUUUACCAAGUAACAAAAGGAAACGUCCACUGUACAGUGAAAAACAAAAUUGUACGUUUCUGUCCCCGUGGGUUUUCAUCGGGCUUAAAAAUCAUGUAGAACUCAUUAAAAUGAAAUUCGCGUAUAUCUAUCGAAUUCCCGCCAUUAAAAAUUAUAAUCACAAAGUAUUUGUUACGUUUGUAAAUGUUCCCCCAUAUUUUUUUUCAAUUUUCCAGAUGAUAAAGUGGAUAUAUGUGUUCGUUGUAUCAUGACGAGAAAAAAUGGAAUCAAAGUUUAAUGAAAAAAAAAAAUCUGUACAAAGUCUAUUGUUGCCAGCGAGAAAGGAGGGCAGAAUUUUUUUGUUAUUCCUCGCUGUCAAACGUGCCAUUCAAUGCCAGUGUUGUAAAUAUUCAGUCCCAUUGAAAGAAUGCCGUGAGAAUCGUUCGUUAAAUCAUGGAUUCAAUCACCAAUAUCUGAAGAAGAUAACCCUGUCGUCUCCUGACAAUAAACAACCGAACAAUUGAAAAAAAAAACGUGAAGAUUUUUAUCCCAGCAAUUGGUCUAUAUGCAAAACAGAACUGAAGAAAUACUUCCCUUCAUUAUUUAACUCGCGAUUACUCCAAUUGUAAUAUAUUGUAAUAAUUGU